UAAACCAAAAAAUGAUGCGAUACGCCCGGUUUCUGCCUACACUAGCCCGCCACCGUCAAUAUACAACAAGUAUCUCCCAGCCAGUUGCAGUGCGAAUCGUAGAAGUGGGCCCUAGGGAUGGACUUCAAAACGAACCCAUGAUUCUGCCAGCUGAGGUUAAGAUCGACCUGAUAAAUCAACUGUCCGAAACCGGACUGCGCACCAUCGAAGCGACCAGCUUUGUUAGCGCAAAAUGGGUUCCCCAGAUGGGUGACAAUGCGGAGGUUCUGAAAGGCAUUAACAAACUGCCUGGUAUUUCAUAUCCGGUGCUAACACCGAAUUUGAAAGGAUUCGAAGCGGCGAUAAAAGCAGGCGCCGAGGAAGUGGCGGUGUUUGGAGCGGCUUCGGAAAGUUUCUCCCGUAAAAAUGUAAACUGUUCGGUAGACGAAAGUAUAGCUCGAUUCCAGGAUGUGAUGGAUGCGGCUAAAAAAGCAAACGUAAAAGUUCGCGGCUAUGUUUCAACGGUAGUCGGAUGUCCAUAUGAGGGUAAAAUCAAACCAUCAGCCGUGGUGCGUGUCGUUGAUAAAUUGCUUGAAAUGGGAUGCUACGAAAUUUCGCUUGGUGAUACCAUCGGCGUUGGCACGCCGGGAACAUUCUCGCAAAUGUUGCGCGAGGUUACGAAGAUCGCACCAACCAACAUGCUGGCUGUGCAUUGUCACGACACCUACGGGCAGGCACUUCCCAACAUUCUAACGUCGCUCGAUUUCGGAAUCAGUGUCGUCGAUGCGUCCGUUUCUGGGCUUGGCGGUUGUCCGUACGCCCGAGGUGCCUCUGGAAAUGCGGCAACGGAGGAUGUGGUGUACAUGCUGCAUGGUCUGGGGAUAGAAACGGGUAUCGAUUUGCCGCGACUUGUGAGCGUAGGGAAAUUCAUUUGCAAUAAGCUGGAGCGCCAGUCCGAAUCUAAAGUAAACCGCGCGAUGAGGAAAACUAACCCUAAUGUUUGUUAGCGUCGUACAGCGGCGAUCACCUCGAAGGUUGGUCUGGAGAAACAGUGCAUUUAUUAUUGUUAAAAUUUGAGGCAAAGCCAUAUCCAUCGAAUGGAGCACUACUCAUAUGUGUUUAAAUCAUGUAUUUCAGACAAUGUUGCAUUUUCUUUUAUUAUUCGCAGUAAAGCCAGGUUUUUUA